AUGUCAGAAAACAGUCACGCCGAUGCACUCUCACGUUUAGCUUCGGCAAUAAACGAUAGGAUCAGAAGGACGGUGCCGGUGGGAUAUUAUCCGAGCCAAGCACGACAACUGCUGAAGUAUGUACCGUACGUUAUCGACGAUGUUCUGUACAAGCGAGGCUACACCACGCCGUAUUUGAAAUGCCUCACCAAAGAGCAGGGGGACUACGUCCUUCAGGAAGUCCACAGCGGGGUCUACGAUGACCACUCAGGGUCCCGGUCGCUGGCACACAAAGUCUUCCGGCAGGGGUAUUUCUGGCCGACCUUACACCAAGAUGCAAACGUGUUAGUCAAGAAGUGCGACAAAUGCCAACGGUUCAGUAAACCCAUGGCCUUUCGCCUAGUGGGGACUAGACUUGAUCGGCCCGAUGCCGCAAGGUAA